AUGGACGAUGAAGAAUAUGCCCUUUCGCUAGCCGAGAUGGAGAGACGAGAUGACGUCCUGGCGCUGCAGGUUUCAAGAUAUCAGGAGCUCGCCGCCACACGCCGUCAAGAAGAGAGGACACGUAGGCACGCUGGAGAGCGGCAGCAGGCGAUGCUGGCCGACGACGAGAGGCUCGCACGGCAGCUCGAUGCUGAGGAGAGAGGACUCGCGGGGGCGGAGGCGUGGGAUAGACAGAUGGCUGAGGAGCUUGCUAGGGAGCAGGGUGGGAACGACGACUUCAACUUUGGUGGCCUAUUCGGCAAUGCGUUUAACGACGCUGGUGGCUAUGCCAACGAUGAUGGACUGGAACGCCAGCAUGAUCAGGACCACGAGCAUGGCCAUGGCCUUGACCACGUACACGAUCAUGAGCAUGGACUUGAUGACGGAGAGCAGCGCCAUCAUGAAUUCGUCCACAAUGAGGAAAAGCAUGAUCGAGAGCCGCUUUUCGUGGCCGAAGAAGGCCAGGCGGAUGAUCCCAUGGCCGAGAAUCUUGCUCAACACAUCGUCCAACGCAACGCAAGAUUCGAGAUGCUCCAUGACAGACGAGGAACUAUUCCCGCCUCGCUGCUGCGGUAA